AUGCAAUUGCUCACGAGACGACCAACCAGCAACCUCGCGGAAAAGGAGAAAGAUGAAGAUUUUGAAGUAGAUUGGGUGCUUCUCUACGAUUUUCAAGAUAUCGAGGUUCAUCAUGCGACUGAUGAAUAUCACACUUUGAUCCGUGACAUUGAGGCUUUUGGUCUGGAAGCAGAAGUUCGACAUGGCUAUGGUACAACUCUGCUUAUACUCAUUCGCAUUCCUCGCAACAAGUUGGGUAAUGAGGUUUAUCGCUCACGGGUCAAAGACUGGCUAUUCGGGAUCGUCCAAGUUCGUCCUCUAGGUGACAGCUCUACGGUCAUCGAUGCUGCGACGCCUUCUGAAGAAAUACGUUCUGUCUUCCAUCUGGUCACCUGGACAAAAGAGCAAGGCGGUGUGGGAAUCACUGCGAACUUUGGACAAUGGAACCGUAUAACAGCGUCAUUUGCCCCGCAUGCCUGGACAGCGAACAAGAAGCUGUUGAAGACACUGUCUGCAAAAAUAAUCCUCGAGACAGACGACUUGGAUCAGAUCAAAGCACUCUUUGGAGAGAAGGUUGCAUUCUACUAUGCCUUCAUACAAGCUUACUCCCUGUUUCUUAUCGCGCCUGCCUCAUGCGGGACUUUAUUCUGGCUUUUCUCAAAACCAUAUUCGAUGGCAUUUGGAGUGGUCAUAUGUGUCUGGAGCAUCACGUUUGUCGAAUGGUGGAAGAGACAAGAGCUCGAGCUGAGCAUUAGAUGGAACGUCAAAGGUGUUGACGCGCUCAAAGUCAACCGCGUUCAAUAUACUUGGGAAAAGGAAGAGAUGGAUCCCAUCACUGGUGAGGUGAAGAAGAUAUUCUCCACCCGUAAGAGGCUGGCAAGGCAGCUUUUGUUCUUACCAUUUGCUGCGUUUGCGGGACUGGCACUAAGCAGUGUUCUGGUUGUUACAUUCCUCAUCGAAGCUAUGGUCUCUGAUGUAUAUGGCGAUGCGCUGGCAAGCUACUGGGCUGUAAAAUAUCUUCCGACUAUCCUUCUCGCAGUCUCUCUGCCUUAUGUCACCGACUUCUUGACAGACCUUGCAUCGAAGCUGUCUGAGCACGAGAACCAUCGCACGAAUGACGAGUUUGAACUAGCCCAAGUUCAAAAAUCCUUCGUUCUCAACUUUGUCACCUCUUUCUUACCACUAAUCUUGACGGCAUAUAUCUAUGUUCCCUGGGGAUCACGACUUGUGCCAUAUCUCAUGCCAGACUCCUGGAAGUUGGUUGCUGCCAAAGACUUUCGCGUCGACGCUCAUCGUUUACAAGAGGAGGUCAUAUCACUGUCCAUGGCCGGACAAGUAAUGAAUUGUGUCGAAGAGUUUGUGGUUCCAUGGGUCAAGCGACACCUAAAGGAAGCAUAUCGUCGAUAUAAAGACACACGGCAAGGAUCCUCUUUACACCAACGCAUGACGUCCGAAUUCACAAAAACUCUGCUUGUCGAUGCACCACAAGAAGCAAGGCUCUUAUCCCGACUGCGCACAGAAGCAAUUGCUUCUGUGUAUGAUGUUAAUGAAGACAUAAUGCAGAUGACGGUUCAAUUUGGCUACCUCGCCAUGUUCGGGGUCGUCUACCCACUCAUGCCUCUAGGCUUUCUACUCAACAAUUGGGUAGAACUCCGCGGCGACUUCUUCAAACUUAUCUCUGAAUCACAACGACCACCACCUAUUCGCUGCGACUCAAUCGGUCCCUGCAUCUCCGCUCUCGAGUUCUUGACUUGGCUAGGAAGUCUGUCUACCGCUGCCUUACUCUACCUAUACCGAAACGGGGAAAUCACCAAUAUUCGUCUGUCACGCUUGUUACUCACAGUCUUCAUUGCCGAACAAGUCUACCUAGCAACAAAACUGUCCAUCCGUUUUGUAUUCGACAAAAUCGGGUCAGAGGCUGUAAGGAGAGAAGAAGCAACCCGUCGUUUAAUCCGUAAACGCUACCUCGAGACCUUUUCUGAGGAAGCUGCUGGAACCUCUGUUCGUCAGAAUGCGUUCACGUACACGAAUCCAAGACGAAGUGCGCCUGGUACACCCACAGAGGCUGAGAAGAAAGGCUAUAUGCCCGUCAUAGCCGAAGUGGAGGAGACAGUGGAUGUGAGAAGCGAGUACAAGACUGAAAAAGCAGAGAGGUUCUGGAAUGCGAGGAAAGAGAUUAUGGGUACGGCGGAGGCGGGAGUGAGGCUAAUUGUAGCACUUAAAGGGAUGCAAAAGUCGAGGAUUGGGGAUGGUGGUGAUAAGUCAAAGUGGAUUUGA